AUGGGUUCUGGCUGGUGGAUUAUUUUCGAAGAUUUUAACGCGGUUAGAGAUCAAGCUGAGAGAAAAAAUUCAGUUUUCGACCCUGUCUGUGCUCGGGAUUUUAAUUAUUUUGUGGAUGAAGCUGGUCUCAGGGAAUAUGAAUUGAAAGGCAUGAAUUAUACUUAUAUGGUCAAUCGGCGCGGCGUUUGUAAACUGAGCCGUAUUGAUAGAGUUUUCGUUUGUGAAAACAUCUUUAAUAAGUGGUCGAAUGGGUAUGUUCGGGCUCUUAAAAGAGAAAAGUCGGACCACUCUCCGUUACUUCUUUCUCUUGUUGACACAAAUUUCGGUCCGAAACCUUUUAGAUGGUAUGACUCUUGGAUUGAUAAACCGGGUUGCUUGGAGGUGAUAAACUCGGUGUUAGGCGACUGGAUUAACACGGGCCCGACCGAUGUGAAUUUAACUAACAAAUUGAAAGCUUUAAAGGAAAAGCUAAAGGUUUGGAUUAAAGGCAGUAGACUAAAUGAAAGGCAAGAUGAAAGCAAUUUGAGACAAGAGAAGGAAAGCCUAGAAGUCCUAAUGGAGCACCAAGAUUUGGAAGAAUCGGAUGUUUGGGUUUGGACUGAGUGUGUUAAGUGCUUAGAAGAUAUUGAGCUCAUGAAAUCUCACGACAUCAGACAAAAGUCGCGGAUUAAAUGGGCUAUUCUUGGCGACGAGAACGCGAGUUUUUUUCACAAUAUUGUUAAGGGUAGAUUAGUUAAGCGAGAAACUCAAUUCCGGGUCUACAAAUCAAAGACGAGUGGAUUUCGAAACCGGUUUUGGUCAAGCGUGAAGUCCUCAGUUUUUAUAGAGAUCACUUCAGGGAAGACACUCCUUUUCGUCCUACAAUUAAUUGCACCGGUUUGA